AUGAGCAAUAAUCACGAACUUGAGACGAAAAACAAACGAAAAUGUGCUGUAUGUUUUCUGACUCGUACGCCACACGAAGAAAUCAUCCGGUUUGCAAAAGAAAUCGGCGAGCAACAGUCGACGAUCGAUGUGUACAUUAUGAUUGAUGAUAAUACCUAUCAACCACCUGAAGGUUAUAAUAAUUAUUUUCAAUUUGUUCGUAUUGACAACGCGGAAUGUUGCUCUCAUGGAUAUAAAAUGUCGAGUCAUUUGGUAUUACAAAAAGAAUGCAUGUCGUGGGAUAAAUCGAUCUACUUUUUUUGCAUGAAGAAAAUCGAAUACGAUUUUGUUUGGUUAGUUGAAGAUGAUACAUUUAUUCCUAGUGUGCAGGCGCUUGUUUCACUCAAUGAUCAAGCCAGUAGUGGUCAGUAUGAUUUAGUUUGUCAGAAAAAUGAUCAUAAUCCGAAUGGACGUUUGGACACAUGGGCACACUGGCAUGAUGCUCAAGGCAAGUUUCAGCUACCAUGGUAUCAUUCAAUGGUGUGCGCAAUUGGUGUGAGUCGUCGAUUGUUAAAUGAAAUAUCGAAAUAUGCUAAAUAUCGUGGUUUUUUGCCGUUUAUUGAAUAUAUGUUUAAUACAAUUGCAAUGCAAGCUAAUCUCCGAGUACACAAUCCACCUGAAUUAUCGACAAUUAUAUGGAGACAAGAUUGGCCUUACGAACAAAUUCAGGCCCGACCAAUGAACUGGUAUCAUCCAAUUAAAGAUUUUAAUUUACAAAGAGCACACAGACAAAAACUGAUUGGUCGUGAAGUGCCCAUCGCAAAUAAUAACAACACGGAAUAUCAACAGUAUCAGCCUGUGUAUUAUCCAUACGGGCAACAACAACCUCAAUAUCCAUAUUCUAUGCCACCACAACCAACUUAUCCAACAUAUCCAGCUUAUCCAACUUAUCCAAUUUAUCCAGGCGAGCCUACACACAAUACAAUUUCUGCAAUUGUACCAUCAGCUCCACCACCGUAUCCGCAUUAG